CGCCGCUGCUCGGACACAGGAACUACACUUCCCAGAAAGCUGUGCGCGGACGCUGGGGCGGGGCGGAGCCACGGACAGAGCGGAGCCUUCGCGGUGCAGAUGGCGGGGUCGGUGAAGGACCGCGAGGCCUUCCAAAGACUUAGUUUUCUUUACCAGGCCGCCCACUGCGUCCUCGCACAGAACCCGGAGAACCAGGCGCUGGCGAGGUUUUACUGCCACACGGAGAGGACCAUCGCGAAGCGGCUCGUCCUGCGGCGAGACCCCUCGGUGAAGAGGACUCUCUGCCGUGGCUGCUCUUCCCUCCUUAUCCCGGGCCUGACCUGCACGCAGCGCCAGAGACGCUGCAAGGGACAGCGCUGGACAGUGCAGACUUGCUUAACAUGCCAACGCAGCCAACGAUUUCUCAACGAUCCUGAACAUCUACUCUGGGGAGAUCGGCCUGAAGCCCAGUUGGGGAACCAGGCAGAUCUCAGUAAAUCACCACAGCCUCUGCGAAACAUAGUCCACCCUCUUCCAGCCAGCUUUCCUGAGGAGAAAGUGCAGCCUCAAAGCUCCAGUCACCAGUCAUGAAUUCACCCAUCUUCUAAAUAAAUAAAGCUUAAUUAUGUUUAA